AUGAAGCCUACCAUUCUUUUACUUGGCGCCCAUAAGGACACAGCGAAGGCUGUCAUCGAUGGUUACAAUGCCUGGAAUAUCGACAGGAUUCUGGCGUAUCGGAGACCUGGUUUCCAGCACCAAGUCCUCGCGUCCUCCAUGGGUCGCACGGCGAAGAGUAACGACGAGAACCGCGCAUAUCUCACCACCAUCAUGCCUCUAUAUUCAAAUUUUACGUUAAGUGCGUUCCGGACCAGAAUUACAGGGUUAUGGUUAAAGCGCCCGCAGGUGACAGUCCUGGAGGAGAUAUAUGACGCAGAGACGCACACGUGUAUCAUACAUGCUUCAAGCAAGGCGGAGACGGAGAUCGGGCAAUAUGGAAACGAGUACGCUCUCAUAUUGACAUUCACAGAGGACGGCAAGCACGUCACCAGGUUUGAGGAGUUUGUCGACUCAGCUUACUCUGAGCGGUUUGUUGCAGCGCUAGCCAAAGCAACAUCAUCUCAGUAG